CUUCCUGCUAUUCAGGCGUUCGAGAAAUGACGUAGUGGUUGUUGAUCAGCUGAUUCCGGUUGAACGAUUUGACCAACAAUUCAACACAAUUUACCUGCGAUACGGGAUUUAACACCAAAAGGGAGUGUAUCGUCUUCAAGCCAGAUACUAUUGACAUGCUCCAUUUGGGCCGCCAUCAUGGACAAAAUUUUGGAGGGCCUGAUCAGCUCUGCUCACACGCUUCCGGUGAAGAAGGCCAUUGUGAAAAAGGUGGUGGAGGCGGCCGAAAAGGAGGUGGCGGCAGAGGAGUGCCAGGCCUUGUUUGCCGUCACCACUCGUCUCGUCUUGCUUGGCGAGGAUGCCUUCCAGAAGCAGGUGGGCUUCCAGGUCCUGGAGGCAUACGCCCGCUACCACCGCUCGCAGUUUGAGGCCUUCUUCAGCAAGGACUUUGUACUGGGCCUGCUGCAGCAGGGCUACGAGCAGCUAGAUCACCAAGACCCAGCCGUGGUGGACUACAUCCACUGCGGCCUACGGCUGCUGAUCAGCUGCCCCGCCGUGCUGGACCUGUUUACCGUGGUCCAGGUGGAGGUGCUCAGGAUGGUGUGCGAGCGGCCCGGGCCGGCCGCAUGCGCCCGUCUCGCCGCCCUGCUGUCCGACUUUGUGCAGUGCGUGCCCAGGGACAAGGGCGGCGUCCUGUUCUGCCAGCAGUUGGUGAGGACCAUCGGCUACUUCCACUGCUUGGCCAGCCAGGAGCAAGAGCUGGGCGAGUACGUGACUCAGGUCACCAAGGUCAGCACGUUGCUGCAGAACAUCUGGAAGGCCGAGCCGGCCACGCUGCUGCCUUCCCUGCAGGAAGUCUUUGCCAUCAUCUCUUCUACGGACCCGUCCUUUGAGCCGUCCAUCGCCCUGGCCAGUCUGGUGCAGUACAUCCCGGUCCAGAUGAUCACAGUGCUUAUUAAGAGUCUCACCACGGACCAAAAUGUAAAAGAUGCAAACAUGACCAAGGCGCUCUGCAGGAUGAUCGACUGGCUCUCUUGGCCUCUGGCGCAGCACGUGGACACCUGGGUCAUUGCUCUGCUUAAAGGACUGGCGGCUGUUCAGAAGUUCACCAUCCUCAUUGAUGUCACUCUGCUGAAAAUUGAACUGGUGUUCAAUCGUUUGUGGUAUCCUAUUGUGCGACAGGGGGCGCUUGCCGUCCUCUCCCACAUGCUCCUCAGUUUCCAGCACUCUCCCGAGGCCUUCCAUCUGGUUAUCCCGCACACGGUGCAUCUGGUUCAGUCCUUGCAGGCCGACGGCCUCCCCACCAGUAAAGCCUUCCUGCUGCAAUUCACUGAGCUCAUACACUGCAUGAUGUAUCAGUAUUCUGGAUUCCCAGAUCUCUAUGACCACAUUUUGGAAGCCAUAAAGGAUCUGCCGAAACCGAGCGAGGAGAAGAUCAAGCUGGUGCUUAAUCAAAGUGCCUGGACGUCCCAGUCAAACUCUUUCGCCUCCGGUCCGCUGAGGCAAGCCGGGAAGUCUGAGACGGGCAAGACGGGCCUGGUCAACCUGGGAAACACCUGUUACAUGAACAGCAUCCUGCAGACGCUCUUUAUGGCCACAGAUUUCAGACGACACGUGUUGUCGCUGCGCCUGAACGGUUCCAGCACCCUGAUGAAGAAACUGCAGAUGCUCUUCGCAUUCCUUGCGCACACUCAGAGGGCGGCCUACGCUCCGAAGAACUUCUUGGAGGUGUCCCGCCCACCGUGGUUCAAUGCGGGGUCUCAGCAGGACUGCUCGGAAUACCUCCGCUUUCUCCUCGACAGGUUACACGAAGAGGAGAAAAUUAUUCAGGUAUUGGAAUCAGCCAAGCCAAGCGUUCCCACCGACGCCGUCGACUCAAACAGCAAAGAUGCGAGCACUGCGACAUCCCUCGAAGAACGCGAAGCUUCCUCUCCAAAAGUGGACGACAACGACAGACGGACCCUCAUAGAGAGGACUUUCGGUGGAAAGCUCGUGACGGGCAUCCGAUGCACGCACUGCGACUGCGUCUCCGAGAAGGAGGAACCCUUCACGGACCUUUCGCUGGCCUUCUGCCCGUCGCGGGAUGCCUCCAAGUCCGACGAGUCCAAAUCUGACGAGUCCAAAGUUUGCCAGGGCUCCGUCAACGGUGGCAGCGAGACUCUCAUGCCGGGGACCAACGACCAAGCCAGCCACGCCCACGCCAUACCAGAGAGCAACGAGCCUCCUCUCUCCGUGCCCGACCUGGUGGACUACUUCCUGGCUCCGGAGAUCCUGGACCAGGAGAACGCCUACUUCUGCGGCAAGUGCUGUAGCCUGAGGAGGGCCGAGCGGACCCUCAAGGUGAUGUCGGCCCCCGAGUACCUCAUCCUCACACUACUGCGCUUCGCAUACGACGCCAAGUGCCACGUGCGCCGCAAGAUCCUGGACAACGUCACCAUCCCGCCUCACCUGCGUCUUCCCGUGCACCGCCCUUCGAUGCCCUCGCCGCCUCCGCCACCUGCCUCCUCGCCGCCCCCGGUGGACUCAUCCGAGAGCAGCGAGAACCUGGCCAAGAAACUCAAACCCUCCCGUCGAGAUGAGGAAGUACAGUCUGUGCGUUACGUCCUCAGCUCCGUCGUGAUGCAUUCGGGCGUAUCGUCCGAGAGUGGACAUUACUACUCCUACGGCUGCGACAACGCAGCACAAGGGGACGCCACCUGUCCUAAGGAAGACUUGAAUCAAGGGGAACAAGUCCGGGAGGGUCCGAGUGGUCAGGCGGGCGGCGCUGUGCCCCCCAGCGACUGGCUGCUGUUCAAUGACAGCAGGGUGACGUUUGCCUCCUUCCAGUCGGUGCAGAACAUCACCAGCCGCUUCCCCAAGGACACUGCCUAUGUGCUCAUGUACAGGAAACAGGAAGUGGUGGGGCAGGACGCUAUUAAGGGGCCGGCGACUAGCGGAACGAGACAGAGUGCCGAACCGCCGCUGCAGAAAGAACUGCUGGAUGCCAUUAUCAAGGACAAUAAGCUGUAUCUACAGGAACAAGAGCUGAAUGCUAGGGCUCAGGCUCUUCAGGCCCCGUCGUCUUCCUGCUCCUUCAGGCCCAACGGCUCGGAUGACAACAACCCGCCAGGGAGUUGCGGGCCGUCUGGAGGAGGAGGAGGAGGGGGAGGAGGUGGCUUUAACACAAUUAGUAGACUGGUCUUCUAAAGCUAAAUAAAAAGCACACAAUGCUACAUACGGAAAAGGGGUGGGGGAACCUUUUUGCUGACCUCAGAGGGCCAUGGUAAAUUCAUGGGGGAAAAAAGAAUUCAACGUCAAUUUACAGAUGCCGCUUCUACCAUGAUGUGUUUCUAAAUCCUGUUUUUAAAAAAAAGAGAGAUUUAG